GAAAAGCUCACAUUUAAGCAGCCACAGCGCAGUGGAGGGUAUCGGCGGUUGUCGUUUCCAUACUUGCCUCCGGCAUACCAAUAUCCGGCCUAGUGGUGGGGGUUCUCGCCUGUCGUAGGGCGGAUAUCUGUCCCCACCCAUUCAGUCGCGACCAUGGCCACGAGCCGACGGAGCAGGGCCCACGCCGUGCGGAGCAUAGGCUCUCACAUCAUGAUAUCGAGCCGGGCGCGCUUAGUGGAGGAAAUAACAUUCCAAAGGGACGUACACAUCAUCCCUAGCUCGCUGCAAUGGCGGCCUGGGGCUGCGACCGCGAACCCGGCUACAGUCGCCCCGGGCUCGCAUCGACAGGUGGAUAGCCAGUACGUUGAGAGUGAUCACCAUCCCAAUCGUCAGGAGGGUAUCCGUCGGAAAGACGUGCACUCAGAGGACCAGUGCCAGACGGACGGGCAGGCGGAGAAGAAGACGACGCGGAGAAACCGCCAUAUACUCAACAUUGGUGUUCUUCAAGCUGGGGGGCGAUUCGCCGCUAGCGAACCUUGGAUGUCCUGUCCGAUCAUGGUCGUGGUUUCGAUCGAGAACAGGAGCACGUUGGUGCUCCCAAUCGUGCAUGUUACGGUCAUCAUCAUACGCCACGCUUGGGGGAAGCCGGUCGUCGUCGCGUCACCAGGGCAGAAGUCUCUUCGAGGCCUCUCGGGAUUAGGCGGGGGUGGCGAACGACGGUAUCCUGCUGACGGUGCGCGAUCACCGAAACGGGGAGGGUCAACGUUCAGAACGUCCGAGCGACAUUCCUCAUACCGGUCAGAAUACAACGUACGCUCCGGUGGACGAAAUUCGCCACGUCUGAAAGAGCAAACCUCUCCGGACGUACACAUCAUCCCUAGCUCGCUGCAAUGGCGGCCUGGGGCUGCGACCGCGAACCCGGCUACAGUCGCCCCGGGCUCGCAUCGACAGGUGGAUAGCCAGUACGUUGAGAGUGAUCACCAUCCCAAUCGUCAGGAGGGUAUCCGUCGGAAAGACGUGCACUCAGAGGACCAGUGCCAGACGGACGGGCAGGCGGAGAAGAAGACGACGCGGAGAAACCGCCAUAUACUCAACAUUGGUGUUCUUCAAGCUGGGGGGCGAUUCGCCGCUAGCGAACCUUGGAUGUCCUGUCCGAUCAUGGUCGUGGUUUCGAUCGAGAACAGGAGCACGUUGGUGCUCCCAAUCGUGCAUGUUACGGUCAUCAUCAUACGCCACGCUUGGGGGAAGCCGGUCGUCGUCGCGUCACCAGGGCAGAAGUCUCUUCGAGGCCUCUCGGGAUUAGGCGGGGGUGGCGAACGACGGUAUCCUGCUGACGGUGCGCGAUCACCGAAACGGGGAGGGUCAACGUUCAGAACGUCCGAGCGACAUUCCUCAUACCGGUCAGAAUACAACGUACGCUCCGGUGGACGAAAUUCGCCACGUCUGAAAGAGCAAACCUCUCCGUGA